CAGAGGGAUGCGCCAAAGGGAAUCCGUGAAAUGACGGAAGAGGACGAAGGGCCCCUCACGGUCCUGGCGUGCGUCACGGGGAUGGCCGCGCUGCCCGGGCUGCUGCCGGGCCCGGGCCGCGCCGCGCCGGGCCAGCGGAACGGGGGCUGCGGCUGGCCGCGGGCACCCUCUGCGCUUCGUGAGAGAAGGAAAAGCCAAAAUCCUCUGUGAAAAGUAGAGGCGCGUGUUUCUUCGCCUAAUAAACCACGUAAAGCAGCACACCAGCUCCCUCGUUGCAUACUAAAAAACCCACUCGCAUAUCCGUAAAAAAAAAACCCCAACAACUAACUUUGCAUUUUGUGACCGACUGUUUUUGAAUGUCUGCAGAAAGUCAUAGUUUUGCUCUGACUCUGCCAUUUGCAUUGUCUGCACAGAUCAUAAGCUUUGCUUAUGAUCACAAAUAUAAAAGGUCAUCACAGGUUGUUCAGCAAUACCUCUCGGGAGCAGUCGUGCCCAGUGACCUGAGAUGGCUCCUGACACAGUCUCGCUGUUAGAGUUCAGUCACUUCAGGAAUCACCUUUUUCAACUGACAAGGAUCGCCAUGCUGAUUAUCCAGCAAGAAAAAAACAAACCAGGAACCUUAGUUUCACCUCAUUUAAUUCCAGCCUAGUAGCCAAGUGGGUUACGCAUAUCUUUUAUUAUCCUCCUGCCCUAAAAGAUAUCUAAUAUCACUGAAAAGUAUUGCUGACCCAUCAUCCAAGUCCAAAGGUGUUUCUCAUAGCUGGACUACAUAAGCAUAUGGUGCUGGAAUUUUAAUUGUACAGAGUUCAUCAACAGCCACUCAUCAUGUCUUGGCUUGCUGAUCUUGCUGGAAAGGCAGAGGAUCUGCUCAACAGAGUUGAUCAAGGAGCUGCAUCAGCUCUGAGCAAAAAAGACACAUCGAGCCAUGCAGUUUAUGAUAACAAGAACUUGGACUCUGCCAAUGAAUAUUCUGAAGUGCACCAGCAUACUGGAGAACUGAAAUACCAGACCUCAUCCAAAGCAGCCUACAUCUCCUCAGCAGCUGAAAAUAUUAAACACCAAAAGGCCACAAUCCUGGCAGGAACAGCAAAUGUUAAAACAGCACGGAGGACAUCCUCAGAGGCAGCUUCUCCAGUAGAAAAUGCUUCCACACCCAGAGCUGCCUCACAUUUUGUGAGAAGAAAAAAGUCAGAACCUGAUGAUGAGUUGCUAUUUGAUUUUCUCAACAGUUCAGAGAAAGACCCCAAUGGAAGGAUAGAUCCUAAAAAGGAGAAGAGCAAGGCACCUGUUCCUCAGAAUCACUCUCGGACUUCAAGCAUUAGUUCUGUGUCCACCAGUACACAGAGUGCAAAAACUACUGAAGAUCAUUCCCUCAGGAGCCAAGGCAAUGAAACUCCAGACAGCUCAGACUCUGGCCUGGGAGCACAAGGGAAUGACCUGAAGGAUUCAUCACUGAGUGCAGUGACCAGCCCCAGCCUUUCAGCUCAUGAUGAUUCCAAAUCACACGAGCUGUCCAACCUCCGCCUGGAGAACCAGCUGCUGCGAAACGAGGUUCAGUCUUUAAAUCAAGAAGUGGCUUCAUUAAUACAGAGGUCCAAAGAAACACAAGAAGAACUGAACAAAUCCCGGGAGAAGGUGGAGAAGUGGAAUGUUGACCAUUCCAAGAGUGACAGGAUGGUUAGAGACCUUCAGGCUCGAGUGGAUGAUCUGACAGAAGCAGUUGGUGCCAAAGACUCACAGCUAGCUGUGCUGAAAGUACGGUUGCAAGAAGCUGAUCAGCUCUUAAGCACUCGGACAGAAGCUUUGGAAGCGCUGCAGAGUGAAAAAUCACGGAUAAUACAAGACCACAGUGAAGGAAGCAGUUUACAAAAUCAAGCCCUUCAGACUCUUCAGGAGAGGCUGCGUGAUGCAGACUCUGCACUCAAGCGAGAGCAAGAAAGUUACAAACAAAUGCAGAAUGAGUUUGCAGCUCGUCUAAGUAAAGUGGAAGCAGAACGGCAGAACCUGGCAGAAGGGAUAACUGCAGCAGAGAGAAAGUAUUUAGAUGAAAAGAGGCGAGCUGACGAGCUUCAGCAGCAAGUCAGAGUAACUAAAAGCCACCUGGAAUCUGCAAAACAGGAACUGACAGACUAUAAACAGAAAGCUACUCGCAUUCUCCAAUCUAAAGAGAAGUUGAUAAACAGCUUAAAAGAAGGCUCUGGUAUUGAAGGCCUGGAUAGCAAUACAGCGAGCACGGUGGAACUGGAGGAACUGAGACAUGAGCGAGACACUCAGAGGGAAGAAAUACAAAAACUAAUGGGACAAAUUCAGCAGAUGAGAACAGAGCUGCAGGAUAUGGAGGCACAGCAGGUAAGUGAAGCUGAGUCAGUGAGAGAGCAGCUUCAAGACAUGCAAGAGCAGAUAUCAGCACAUCAAAUGGCCAAGCAAGAGGCAGAAGCUGAACUAGAACGGCAAAAACAGGAACUUCAUUAUACUGAAGAAGAACUGUAUCGAACAAAGAAUACUUUGCAAAGCAGAAUAAAAGACAGAGAGGAAGAAAUUCAGAAGCUCAGAAAUCAGCUCACAAACAAGACUCUAAGCAGUAGUAGUCAGACAGAAUUGGAAAAUCGGCUUCAUCAGCUGACAGAAACACUAAUUCAGAAGCAAACCAUGUUAGAGAGCCUGAGCACAGAGAAGAAUUCACUUGUGUACCAACUGGAACGGCUGGAGCAACAGCUGAAGGCCAUCCAAGGCACAGGUGCAAAUGGACCUUCCAUUAACAUGGCAGGCAUUGAUGGUGCUGAAGUUUGUUGUGUUGAAGCAGCAGCUGGUGUCAUUUUUGCCGUUUCCCCAGCAGGGGCUCGUCUGCGCAGCGUCCCCGUGCUGUUCGGCGGCGCGGAGGGCGGCGCGGCCGGCGUGUACGGGAGGGUGCGCAGGGCCGCCAGCACCAUCGACCACUUCAGCAUUCGGCUGGGAAUCUUUCUGAGGCGAUACCCCAUAGCAAGAGUCUUUGUAAUCAUCUACAUGGCCUUGCUUCAUCUCUGGGUUAUGAUUGUUCUCCUUACCUACACGCCAGAAAUGCAUCAUGACAGUCCCAGUGGCAGGUAGACUGAGACAGGACCAUGUGCUGUGCUAAUGUAGUGUGGACUGGCAAUGCCUUUGGAUUAUCAGUCCUGAAACAUCAGCAAACUUUUCCUGGUGGUGUUUUGGAAGGAUGAAAACCAUCAUGCCUGAUUUAUCACUACCUUUCAAAUACUUGUGUAAUACUAUGUAGCUUUUUCAAUUUACCUAAAAAAGCAUCACUUCCCUGGAGAAAUGAAGCUGUUAAGCUAAGCUCUGAUUAGCUUUUACAUUUUAUGUAGACCCUCUGAUGGCUAGAAUGAAAGAUAAAGCCUGUUCUGCAGAGAAAUGCAAGGAAUUCUGAAAUUGCAGAUAUAUCUGGUACAAAUUGUUUUAGGUCAUACUGGAUGUGGGCUAUGGUCAGGUAAUAAACUGUGUUUAGCAUUUUAAAUAAACUUAUUUCUGGUUUCUUUCAGUCUGCUUUUGCACUUCUGUUUUUAACUUUGUACAUAAUAGGCUUUUCCUUAACAUUAACUGGAAAAAGGAAAAUGGAUUGGUGCAAUAUAUUUUUGUAAAUAAGUUUAAGAAUAAAAUAUUAUGCAUUCUUCUUAGCUUUGUACUCCUAGUGCAAUAGAUGUAUCUUUCCUACCAACUGAAUAGUGGGGCUGCCUAUUUAAAGGCUGGUAUUUUAGCUUUAUUAGAGAAAGAGAGAUGGUUUUUGAGAAGGAAGGUUUAAACUGUUGAGAAGUAAUGGUGUUUCUUUUUUGCACUUGAAAUUUGUAUAUUUUAACUGCAUUUUCUUAUACCUCUCUCAUUAGUACAUGUCUUAUUCAGAUCUUACUGAAACAUUUAUUUUCUAAAGCUUUGGGUACUGAAUGAAAACAAUUUCUAUAUGAAAUCUAUCAAAACAUUAAAAUUUGCUCAUGUCUAAACACUCACCGAAUAUACUAAUAAACAAAUCUCAUCAAAUAUUUAUAGUAAAACCCAAAAUACCAAACCUACUGUAGAAGUUCAGUUGUUGGAUUGUGGCAUUCUGUAAUCAUGAAUUAUCGAUAGACAAUCACACAAGGUCACUUUCUUUCCUUAAGAAAUUUCUUGGUUUUUUGUGUGGUGCUCACAGCUGGGUAAUGAAAAGAUGACUGCAAGCAAUUUGUCACUCUUGCUCUGCAGGAUGUGGUUCAGUUUUUAUGUGGCUUGGGUCCUGUGCAAGAAGUCUGUCACACUGGCUCCUAUGGAAAUGUUACAGUGGGCAAAUGACUGUAUUGCUGCUCUGAUUCAGGUCUUGCAGAGAAAACUGAAAUGUUUGGGUAAACUGAAUAAUAAAAGAGAGCAUUUAUUCUAA